GCGGCGGAGCACACGCGGAAUCGGCGGAGCGAGUGCUGAGUCGGUGCCGCCGCCGGCUCCCCCCUCACCCGGGAGACGCUUCGGGGCCGCGGAGCCUUGUGGGGCCGCCACAAAAUGGAGGCGAACGGGAGCGGCAGCGGGAGCAGCAGCGACUCGGCUCCCGACUGCUGGGACCAGGCGGACAUCGAGCCGGGCAGCGGCGCCGGCCCGGGCUGCGCCCCGCCGGCCGCGGAGGCCGAGGCGCAGCAGGAGCUGCUCGGGGCGGCCUUCAGCCGGCAGCUGAACGUCAACGCCAAGCCCUUCGUGCCCAACGUCCACGCCGCCGAGUUCGUGCCGUCCUUCCUGCGGAGCGGCCCGGCGCCCGGCCUGCCGCCGCCCUCGCCCCCGCCCGGCCUCCCGCCGCCGCCGCCGCUCGGUGCACCUGUAGAGCCUUCUCCAGAGGAGCAGACAGCCUCUUGUGAAGGUUCAAAUGCUGCUGUUAACAUGGAAAUUUCAGAGUCUGUUGUGGAAAAUGGAGAGACAGAAAUGUCCCCAGAAGAGUCAUGGGACCACAAAGAAGAGCCCAGUGAAGCAGAGCUUGGAGGUGGCCCUGCAGGGGAUGCGGGGCCUUCUGAAGAGAGCGCUCAGGAAAUGAUGGAGGAGGAGGAGGAGAUACCAAAACCGAAAUCUGUGGUAGCACCUCCAGGUGCUCCUAAAAAAGAGCACGUCAAUGUAGUAUUCAUUGGACACGUAGAUGCUGGCAAGUCAACUAUUGGAGGACAAAUAAUGUAUUUGACAGGAAUGGUUGACAAAAGAACACUUGAAAAAUAUGAACGAGAAGCUAAAGAAAAAAACAGAGAAACAUGGUACCUUUCAUGGGCCUUAGACACAAACCAAGAAGAACGAGACAAAGGUAAAACAGUGGAAGUGGGUCGUGCCUAUUUUGAAACGGAGAAGAAACACUUCACUAUUUUAGAUGCUCCUGGACACAAGAGCUUUGUUCCAAAUAUGAUUGGUGGGGCUUCUCAAGCUGAUCUUGCUGUGCUGGUUAUUUCUGCAAGAAAAGGAGAGUUUGAAACUGGAUUUGAGAAAGGUGGACAAACAAGAGAACAUGCCAUGUUAGCAAAAACAGCAGGUGUAAAGCAUUUAAUAGUUCUUAUUAAUAAAAUGGAUGAUCCAACUGUAAACUGGAGUAAUGAAAGAUAUGAGGAAUGUAAAGAGAAACUGGUGCCAUUUUUGAAGAAAGUUGGCUUCAAUCCCAAAAAGGACAUUCAUUUCAUGCCCUGCUCAGGACUGACUGGAGCAAACCUUAAAGAACAGUCAGAAUUCUGUCCUUGGUAUAUUGGAUUACCAUUUAUUCCAUACCUGGAUAAUUUGCCAAACUUCAACCGUUCAGUUGAUGGACCAAUCAGGCUGCCAAUUGUGGAUAAAUAUAAGGACAUGGGCACUGUGGUCCUUGGGAAGCUGGAGUCGGGCUCUAUUUGCAAAGGACAACAGCUUGUGAUGAUGCCAAACAAGCACAAUGUGGAAGUUCUUGGAAUUCUUUCUGAUGAUGUAGAAACUGACUCAGUAGCCCCAGGUGAAAAUCUAAAGAUCAGACUGAAGGGAAUUGAAGAGGAAGAGAUCCUUCCAGGAUUUAUUCUCUGUGAUCUCAACAACCUUUGUCAUUCUGGACGCACAUUUGAUGCCCAGAUAGUGAUAAUUGAGCACAAAUCCAUUAUCUGCCCAGGUUAUAAUGCAGUGCUGCACAUCCACACUUGUAUUGAAGAAGUUGAGAUAACAGCCUUAAUCUGCUUGGUAGACAAAAAAACAGGAGAAAAAAGUAAGACACGGCCCCGUUUUGUGAAACAAGAUCAAGUCUGCAUUGCCCGUUUAAGGACAGCAGGAACGAUCUGCCUUGAGACAUUCAAAGAUUUCCCUCAGAUGGGUCGCUUCACCUUAAGGGAUGAGGGUAAGACCAUUGCAAUUGGAAAAGUUCUGAAACUGGUUCCAGAGAAGGACUAAGCAUUUUUCUCAAAGACCCCGCACAAUACUGUGAGGAAAAUCGACUCAGCAAAAGCCUACUUCACACCGCCGUCUUAUUUUCUGCCCAUUGAUAAACUUCUCCCCAUAUUUUGCAAAGACAAAUUUCACAGCAAAGGUCCACAUUAUGUCAGCUUUCUCAUAUUGAGAGCUCUGCUAUGCCACUGUUGAAUUUUCCCAAAAACAAUUUUUUUUUUCUCCCAAAUUCUGCUUCCUUGGAAAGAUUCGGCAAUAGCUUUGUAAGUGAUGUGGACAUAAUUGCCUAUAAUUAUGAAAAUCUAAAGGAUUUUUAAUGUUUAAUUUCCCCCAGCAUCUCUAUUAAGACCUCUUUUUUCCAGGCAGAUCAUUCAGAGUGUGCGAGUGUGUGUGCACAUGUUACAAAGAUGACUACCAUGUUAAUAAACUAUUCAAUUUGAAAUCUUUUUCGGUAUUGGAAUUGCUUUUGAAUAACGUUUUUUAUCCGGAUGUAACGCAGUUGCAUUAGCUUUUUAACUUCCCAGUAACCCAGAUAUUUGGUUACUUGGACUUUUCUAAACUCCUCAGCCUCCCCACACACACAGUUUUAAAUGAGGCAAUUGGGCACUCAACCAAGUUUGUAUUAAAAUAAUUAGGUUUGUCCCUUCCCUUUCUUGAAUGCAUUCUGAAAAUUAAAAAACAUUCAUGCAAAUGUGGCACCUUCAUUAGCUUUACAUUUGUUAAUAUCUUGAGCAAAUUUAGGUUGACCUAACAUCAUUACUAGACACAGGAAGUCAAUUUUGAAGGCUAGAACUACAUAUUGUGUCUUUAUAAAAAUUCAGCAUUAUUAAAUUCUUAACUGCAGAAAAUGCUAACAACCAGUAAAUCAGCGAAACUUGCAAAAAUAAGAGAAUCUGUGGCAAUAGUGCCUAUUAGUAUUUAUAAGAGCUACAUUUUGUGGGAGAACUGGGCCAAUUAAAAAGUGCCAGUUACAUAAAUUACUCAGUUCAACCUGUCUUUAAUUUAGAGGGCUGGAUAAUCCUUGCUGUUUUAAAGAUCAGUCUGAACUGAGAGGGAGAGAGACUAUUUAAAUCCCUAAGAGUUUGCACAUACCGAAAUAUGGGAGGGUCAGAAUCAAGCACAGUCUGUAAAUUUUUGCAUAUCAAAAAGCAAUGUAAGCUUAUGAGGACCAGUGAAGUUUUUCUUGAGAAAUUAAAGCAAAACUGGUUCAAAGUAAAGCUUACUCAGUACAACUUGAAGGAGCUGCAUAAUAAAACCCUAUUUAGCUGCACUUUGAAAAUGGACUGUCUGCAAUUGCUGUCCUGAUUCUAACAAAUUAGGAUGAAGGCUAAGGGAUUUUUUUUCAUUUUCCAGAGCAUUAGUAAUAAUUAUUAAAAGGUAUCUUCUGAGCUUCUUCAGAAUAUCUUAAACUAAACAUUCUCAGCUGUAAAAUUGGUGAGCCCCUCUUCUCCCCCAAAGAUUUGCAGUCUAGUGACUGUAUCUGAAUUGAAACUCAAAACUGAAACAGAUUUACCUUUUUUGGGAUUUUUUUUUUUGUUUUGUUUGUUUCUUUGUAACUGUGGAACUCCCAUUCAUUUCACUUACAGCUACAUUGUAUGGACAGAAGAAGUUAUUGUCCUUCAGUUUCAUAUGACUACACUUGUAGCUACCGUAAUGCAUGGAAUUUAAAUAAAUUUUAUUAUGUCUGCAAA